AUGUCCCAGAGAGGACAGGACCGACCGCGUCAGGGCCGCAGCGACGACGCCCAUAGAGGCACGAGCAACGGACCGCGCGAACGACCGCUGGAGCGAAUCGACGGGGGUGCACACCCAGUCCCCAGCUGCCCUAAGUUGAAGGGCAUCCGCCAGAAACAAGUGCGCCAGUGGCUGCUCGACCGAGAAACAUAUGAAGAAGACCUGCGGGCCGUAUGCAUGCGUCGAAACCUCGAAGUACGGAACUGCUGUGAAGGAUGGAAGGAGUGUUUCGAAGACAAGAGACUGUUGAAACAGUUCAUGAUCAAGCGCAAGCUACGAGGUGAUCCCAAGGAACUCGACGAAACCGUGCUCGAAACAGAGCUACGAAAGAUCUUCGACGAACCCAAGGACGGCGUUGAAGCGGACAUCCCGCUGCUGUUCCACGGGAUACACUUGGACAUGAAGGAUAACGACGUCUUCAGCCGCGUGUGUAAAUUCUUGGCGGACUGCGACGAACGAAUCGAGGCAUGCGUGAUGAAAGGACAUCUGAAAAAGCCCGAGAUGCGGAAGAAGAUCUUCAAACGGCUGCUAGAAGUGGUGGACCCAGAGCCUGUCCGAGAUGCGUGCGUACUCGACAUGGAGAAGGCGUGGCAUCCGGUGGAAUUCACGUGGGAAUCCAUCAGCGAAUUGGUAAUGCACCAUGCGCAGGAGCAGCAGCCGUUUUUACUCGACAUAUCGCGCGGGACCGAAGAACAAGAAAAAAGCCGCGAGGCGAAGCCAACGGAGCCUGAGAAAAAGAAGCUCCGACGAAUGCUAGAAAGCCCUGCCGGCGAAAGCGUGGCCACCAUCAACGGAGUGUUGGACGUGCCCUACUGCCCUGACAACGGAAGCGAUGUGGGAAUUAUUUCCACCGCCACGGUAAAGACACUGCGCAAGCUGGACGAAACAGUCCAAGCGAAGCAGCUGCCCAAAGCGUGGGUUGGAAGCGCAGUGGGGAACCUACCCGUAGUAGCGAAAACGACGGUGGAACUGCGAUUAUUUUACGUGGUCGACGACAACGACGAACUCAUUAUUAGCAAGUACGCCCUGAUGUCAAUUGGACUCGACAUGGAUCGACUUCUCGAGCAAGUGGCCGUGCACCAAACCCACGAAGACGGCGACGACAUCGGCGACCCCGGCGAAGCCAAAAACAUCGCAUUUGUCGCGGGGUUUUACGACAAAUCUAUUGGGUAG